AUGGUGCUGCAGGCUAUCCAGUAUGAACCCGCUUCGGCCGAUGCCUCCCCCUCGUUACGGAUCCUCGAUCAGCUGCUCCUACCACACCGAACCGCCUACGUUCCGAUUCGAGACUGCGAAGAAGCCCAUGCCGCAAUCAAACAGAUGAAAGUCCGGGGGGCCCCGGCCAUCGCCAUUGUGGCGGCUCUGGCUCUCGCCGUCGAGGUGGGACGUGAGAUCAGGAACGGGACGCUGGCUGCAGCAGCGCCGGAAGAGGUCAAGGACAGCAUAGGCCAGCGGCUGGACUAUCUCAAGACGAGUCGACCGACGGCGGUAAAUCUCGGAGAUGCAGUCGGCAAGCUCAAGAUCGUGGCCAAGAAGGCCACAUUGCAACCGGGGGCGUCUGCGGAGUCUGUUGCCCAAGCCUACAUUGCCGCUGCAGAACGGAUGCUGGUGGACGAUGUCUCCGACAACAAGGCUAUUGGGGAGCAUGGAGCUCGUUGGAUCGAGGAAAACACCGCUGCCGGAAGGAAAAGAAAAGCAAACAAGAAUCAAGAGCUUGCGAUUCUGACACAUUGCAACACUGGAUCUCUGGCAACUGCGGGAUAUGGCACGGCGCUUGGUGUCAUCAGAUCACUGAGAGCCGUCAACAUGCUCACCCGAGCAUACUGCUCCGAGACUCGACCCUACAACCAAGGUUCACGGUUGACGGCAUAUGAACUCGUCCACGACGAGAUCCCGGCCACGCUCAUAACGGACUCGAUGGCUUGUGCACUGAUGGCUAGAGAAGGACACCGUCUGGCAGCCAUUGUUGUUGGAGCCGACAGAGUCGCAGCGAAUGGCGACACAGCCAACAAAAUCGGAACGCAUUCUCUGGCUGUACUUGCCCGUCAUCACGGGGUAAAAUUCCUAGUUGCCGCUCCUAGGACAACCAUCGACCGAGACACGUUAUCGGGGAAGGACAUUGUAAUCGAGGAAAGAGCACCGGAAGAGGUGACAAGGAUCAAGGGUCCCAGAGUUACGGUAGACGGAAAGUUACUUCUGGACGAAGGUUCAGAGACGGUGAGCACCGCUGCAGUUGGGAUUGAUGUAUGGAAUCCAGCCUUUGAUGUUACCCCGGCAGAACUCAUCGAUGGAGUCAUCACUGAAGUCGGAGUCGUUGAGAAGGUAGAUGGGAAGUUCAAUUUCGGGAUCAUUUUCCCCCAACCCUGA